AUGAUUUUCUUGUCUGCUACUUCGGAAGCAAAAUUAUUAGAAUCAUCGCACGCCUGGUUAGGUGCUUCCACUUCUUCUAUCGCCGAUUUUCCGACUUUGCUAAAGCUUAAAACGCCGACGUGGACGCAGGACCAGCUAAAGGAGGCCAUCGACGCCGUCGUAACGCAAAAGAUGCGCUUCACGCAGGCCUCGGCCAAAUACGGCAUACCCAAAGGCACGCUCUACGACAACAUCCUCGGUAAGUCGAAGCGGAUGGCCGUUUUGGACGAGGCCGGCCUCACCUACGCCGAGGAGAUGGCCGUGUUGAAUUUCUGCUGCGACAUCUCGCACACGCCGUACAACCGGCGCACCAAGAAGAGCCUCAAAUCGGUGUUGGACUUCGUCGAGAAGAUGCGCAGGCUUCGGGAUCCCGAAUUCAUGUUCACCGGUUUGUCGGGGUUCCGGUGGUGGUGGGCGUUUUGCAAGAAGCACAGCAUCGGUUCGCUCUAUUACGAGAACAACGGGAGCUAA